AUGGCUUGCGGGAGAGGCUGCUGCUCCCGCGCGAUGAACGAGGAUAACGCGCGGUUCCUGAUGCUGGCGGUGCUGAUCAUGCUGUAUCUGCUGUGCGGCGCGGCGGUGUUCUCCGCGUUGGAGCAACCGAAGGAGCGGCAGGCCAAAGAGCGGUGGGCGCAGCGCAUCGAGAGCUUCACCCAGAAGCACAACCUCACCCGGACCGAUUUGGAGACCUUUCUCCGGUUCUACGAGGAGGCGAACGUCGCCGGUAUCCGCGUGGAUACACUCAGACCUCGCUGGGAUUUUACCGGCGCCUUUUACUUCGUGGGGACCGUUGUGUCGACCAUAGGUAAGCUCAGAAACAAAGCCAGAAGGUUCAGUAAAGACUGCGGUGUAUUGCAAAAAUUGGCUCUUUUAAUCUAAAUGCACCAUUUGAAUCAUUUAGAAUAGGUGCCAUAUACCUGUUUCACGUUUACGCGCAAUGACGCAGGGAUGAGAUGACAAUAACAUUUUUGUAAUAUUUUUUUUUGCAUACCUUUUAAAAAAUGCGUCAGUGUUAUAAUUCAGGAAAUUAGUUGCACUUCAAAUUAUAUGAGGACACUGUGACACCUUGACAAACUGAUACCCUCCUUUGGCCUAUUGUAGAUGACCUGCAUACAGAGGAGACAAGUUACAUUGGAUACAGGAAAAAUACUUAUCUCAAAGUGACAGAGCCUUGACCCUUCUCAAAAAGAUGAAGUCGGUCUCAGAAAAUCAAUCAUCAGUUAAAUGGCAGCUCCUAUUUCUCCCAGGUCAUCAUGCUUUUAAGGCGGAAGGAAUAUGAAUGUCAAAUUACUAAUGAAAAGUGACAUCAGUUUUGCUCAAAUAUUCUAUGGCUAUUAAUUAUUUAGGAUUUUUAUUUUCAUUGUAGAUAUUCAUUUUUCUUGUUUUUACUGUUUCCUGUAGGCUGUCAACCAUUACAAAUCAACUACAGUUAAUUAAGGACAUUGCCUCCCUCCUGGCCUCCAUAUUUUCUUUACUGAGAGUAUGCAUCACAGAGAUAUAACCCAGGGGUGGCAGACGAUACAGCCAGAGGUUUGAAGUUGAGUACAUGUUGAUGCUCAAAGGCUGUUUGCACAGUAUGGGUAUACCGCCGUCAACAUCAAUAAGAUAAUGAAAGGUCAGACACACAAACAGAAGCCAAUAAAGCCAUUCCUGUAGCUACACUCUAGAAAUGAGGGGUUCAACAAGGGUUAUUCUAAGAUCCUCAAAGUUCUUCGAAGAACCUUAUGGUUCUUGGCACUGAAAAUUGCCACCAAAGGGUUCUUCCAAGAACCACAUAGGAGGUGGGGUUCAUCGAGGAACCUCCUUAGUUGGUGGGGGUUCUUGCAGGAAUGUAACUGCCCAACUGAAACAUUUGGAUUUGAAAGGACAGCAGGUGCAGGCACUUAACUUUGUAUUUUUUUUCAUUUAGAUCUACUCAAUUUAAAGUAAGGUUUGUCCCUUAUAUGAUCUAAAUUGAUAUUGUUUUAUGAUGAUACCAUCUAUCUUUUCAUAUUUGUGUAAAUCUUUCUAAAACAGAAAAUGGACACAAUUCAAUGGAUAUCAAGCAACAGGUAAGAAUAUGUAUGCUAUAAGAAUAUGUUGAAGGCUAGCUGUAUUGGGUGCAGAUGAAUGAACUGCUCACUUUUGUGUCUGUAGGUAUACAGACGAGGAGGCAUACAAAGGUAUGUCAAUUGGUAUUGGUAUGUUAUGCAGAUCACAUGUACCAUCCUCCCCCUUACCUCUUCAAUGAAAAUCCCAUAGGCCUCUACAUUAUGGACAAGGCAUGUGUAUGAAAACCAUUAUCAAAACAGUUUUUUUCAUUCACAUUUAUCACAAAAACCAAGGUAUGAAUACUGUCGUGUGCAUGUUUUGUUAAACAUCUGUAUAAUUACUAUUUUUUGGAUUCACAGACUUCACCCUCCCUACACCUCUGAUGAAUAUAACAGGAAACCUGUUCGAUCACCAUGCACUGCAAAAUCAUUCUGGCUAUGGAUACAGAGAACAUCAACACAUUAACAUCAACAUGCCAGAGGAUAUACCCAUUGGACUUGGGGCUCUGCUAGGAGUUUUCCUCAUAUUUAGAUUUUUAUAUUCUGCUUUGCCACUAAAAUCAUAAUAAAAUUGACAACUAAAAUAUUGUGUUAUUGUUGUUAUUGUUAUGCGUAUUAUUAUUAAUAAUAAUAGGGGAAACCCAAAAAGUUAUUUGAAGAUCCAUUAAAAGGGGUUCUUCGAAGAACUUAUAGGGGUUCCCCCACAGUCUCAAUUUGAAGAACCCCUAAAGGAUCCUCCAGGAACCUUGACUUUUUAGAGUGUAGCAUCUCCUUUCCCUCUCCUCCAGUAGCCUAGUCUCAAGCCUGUUCAGUUGAAGCCCUGUCUCUUUCUUUUUGAAGGAUGAGUUGUUUUAGAGAUUUCUCUUUCAUCUCCAAGGAGCACAUCUGUGAAAAUGGUAAUGAAACACCACCCCACCCCUCACUAAAUUAGCAUUUCACUCAAGGGGAUGGAGGAGAGGAGCGAGAAAUGAGAAAGAGAAAGAGACAGAUGCUUAGAAAACUAGAAGUAUUAUGAGACAUCGUCACCUAUGGCAACCUGGUUUACAUUAUUAUCCUUUACCUUGGAAGUGAACGAGGGAUGCAGGGUGGGCUUUUUAGGAACAGACAGACAGGGUAAUGUUAGGUCAUUAUGAUGAGUAAACUCUCUGAUCAUUUUUCUUUCUCUCUCUCGUCCCUCCCCUCUCUCUCGCUCCCCCGUAUCUCCCUCCCUCUCUCCCCCCCUCCUCUCCCUCCGUCCCUCUCUCCCCCCUCCUCUCCCUCCGUCCCCCGCCCACCCCGGUCAGGAUUUGGCAUGACCACCCCGGCCACGGUCAGCGGCAAAGUCUUCCUCAUCUUCUACGGCCUGAUCGGCUGCGCCUCCACCAUCCUCUUCUUCAACCUCUUCCUGGAGCGCAUCAUCACGGUGCUCGCCUUCGUCCUCAAGUCCUGCCAUGAGCUGCAGCGCCGGCGCCAGGGCAUCAUGCCCCGCGAUGGCCACAGGAAGGCGCCACCGCCAGGACCCAGAGAUAGAGACAGGGACAUUCUGGCUGGAUGGAAGCCUUCAGUGUACUAUGUGAUGCUGAUUCUCUGUGUGGCCGCUGUGGUGAUCUCCUGCUGUGCCUCGGCCAUGUAUUCGGCGGCGGAGGGCUGGGGAUAUCUGGACUCGCUGUACUUCUGUUUUGUGGCAUUUAGCACCAUCGGGUUUGGGGACAUGGUGAGCAGCCAGAGGGUUGCAUACGAUGGGAACCAGACAACCUACAGACUGGGGAACUUCCUGUUUAUAUUGAUGGGUGUCUGCUGUAUCUACUCGCUGUUCAACGUCAUAUCCAUCGUCAUCAAGCAGGUGAUGUUUUUAUGUAGCUAGUUUGUCCAUUCUGUAGCUCUAAGGCAAAGCGAGAGAGAGAUGAGAGAUAGAGAGAGAGAGGAGAGGAGAGAAGGAGAGCGAGAGAGAAGAGAGCGGAGACAGAGAGAGAGAGCGAGAGAGAGAGAGAGAGAGAGAGGGAGAGAGACGAGAGAGACGAGCGAGCGGAGAGAGAGAGAGAGAGAAGAGAGAAGAGAGAGACGAUCGAGAAGAGAGAAGCUAGAGAAGAUCGCUGAGGUCUCGCUCUCUCUCGCUCUCCUCUCUCUCUCUAUCUCCUCUGCUAUCUCUCUCUCUCUCUCGCUAUUCUAGCGCUCUCUCUAUCCUCUCUGCCUCUCUCCUCUCUCUCUCAUUACUGUCACACACACCACAGGAGGUUGGUGGCACCUUAAUUGGGGAGGCCGGACUCAUAAUAAUGUCUGGAAUGGAAAAAACGGAAUGGUAUCGAACUCAUCAAACACAUGGUUUCCAUGUGCUUGUUACCAUUCCAGCCAUUAUUAUGAGCCGAGCCCCUGUGGUACACACACGCUGCCCAGCUUCUUUCUCUAGGUAUGUGGGGGUUUCACUAGAGCACUAUUAUUAAUUUAUGUUUCUGAAUUUUAAAGUUUUAUAAAAACAAUACAUUUUCCCAAAACUCAAGCAGACUCUUAACUGGCUGCUGAGAAAGCUGGGUAUUCUCUGUUGCCGAGGCUGCUGCCGCUGCUCCGCCGGGAUCGGGAAGAGACUCCGGCCACGGCGGAACGCCGUGAUGCCCAGCAGCACUGGACACGUACACCGGCGGGCGCGGCGGACUGUCUCCAUAGAAACGGACGCGGUGAACGAGAGCGAGACGGAUGGAGGGCGGCGGAUGUCGGGGGAGAUGAUCUCCAUGAGGGACUUACAGGCGACCAAUAAGGUGAAUGUUCCGGGUCAAAAGCAUGGUUCACUCUGUUACUUUCAUUUCUAGUCGAAAGUGUUGCCCCUGCUCUUGUUUAUAAAUGGAGUUUUUUUUUCAUGGGGUUUUAUUUACUGUAUUUACAGUAUCUAGUAGCACCUGGAGUGGCCAUGAAUUGAAAGGGAUGAAUUGAUAUCAAAGUUUCAGACUGCACCUGAUUCAUGUUGUUUAGUGCUGUUGUCGUGCAAUAUAUGGAAUGUGUGAUCUAUUGUCUAUAUUGUUCAAAAUAUAUUUUUGUAUAUCCUUUUGGUAAGCAAGCAGUUUGGAGAUGCAAACGCUAAACUGAUUUAACUGUCCAUUGAGACAGGAAGAUGAUUUAACUGUCGAAAGAGACAGGAAGCUGAUUUAACUGUCCAAGGAGACAGGAAGUUGAUUUAACUGUCCAAAGAGACAGGAAGCUGAUUUAACUGUCCAAGGAGACAGGAAGUUGAUUUUACUGUCCAAAGAGACUGGAAGUUGAUUUAACUGUCCAAAAAGACUGGAAGUUGAUUUAACUGUCCAAAGAGACAGGAAGUUGAUUUAACUGUCCAAAGAGACAGGAAGUUGAUUUAACUGUCCAAAGAGACAGGAAGCUGAUUUAACUGUCCAAGGAGACAGGAAGUUGAUUUAACUGUCCAAAGAGACUGGAAGUUGAUUUAACUGUCCAAAGAGACUGGAAGUUGAUUUAACUGUCCAAAGAGACAGGAAGUUGAUUUAACUGUCCAAAGAGACAGGAAGUUGAUUUAACUGUCCAAAGAGACAAUAAGUUGAUUUAACUGUCCAAAGAGACAGGAAGCUAAUUUAACUGUCCAAAGAGGCAGGAAGUUGAAAGAAUGUUGAAGCGCGAGGCUAAACUUCUCAGGUGUUUUGGUCCCGUAGCUAUCAUGUUGUAGCAACCUGAAGCACACCCUUGCUCGUGUUGGACUACUCUGUGUGACUGUGAGAGCAGUCUCGAGUCACGCCCAUUUCAAUAUCUGCGAUGCUGCUCGUUGCGACUUCAUCUAGCUGAGUCUACCUUUAAAAUACCUGCAGGUAUGAGCCUUUAUUAUCUAGAGUGGACAGACUGCGUAAACAUAAAUGGUACCGUAAUUGAGAAUCUGACCAAAUAACAUGAGAUUUUAGUUCUGAGUUAACCGAGAUUAUAGCCUUUAUAAUGUCUUAUCUUUCAUCUACAUUGAACAAAAAUAUAAACGCAACACGUAAAGUGUUGGUCCCAUGUUUCAUGAGCUGAAAUAAAAUAUCCCAGAAAUGUUCCAUACGCACAAAAAGCUUAUUUCUCUCAAAUGUUGUGCCCAAAUGUGUUUACAUCCUUGUUAGUGAGCAUUUCUCCUUUGCCAAGAUAAUCCAUCCACCUGACAAGUGUGGCAUAUCAAGAAGCUGAUUAAACAGCAUGAUCAUUACACAGGUGCACCUUGUUCUGGGGACAAUAAAAGGCCACUCUAAAAUGUGCAGUUUUGUCACACAACACAAUGCCACAGAUGUCUCAAGUUUUGAGGGAGCGUGCAAUUGGCAUGCUGACUGCAGGAAUGUCCACCAGAGCUGUUGCCAGAGAAUGUCAUUUUUAAUUUCUUUACCAUAAGCCUCCUCCAACAUCAUUUUAAACAAUUCCUGGAAGCUGAAAAUGUCCCAGUUCUUCCAUGGCCUGCAUACUCACCAGACAUGUCACCCAUUGAGCAUGUUUGGGAUGCUCUGGAUCGACGUGUACGACCGCGUGUUCCAGUUCCCGCCAAUAUCCAGCAACUUCACACAGCCAUUGAAGAGGAGUGGGACAACAGUCCACAGGCCACAAUCAACUGCCUGAUCAACACUAUGCGAAGGAGAUGUGUCGUGCUGCAUGAGGCAAAUGGCGGUCACAACAGAUACUGACUGGUUUUCUGAUCCACGCCCCAACUUUUUUUUAAGGCUGUGACUAACAGAUGCAUAUCUGUAUUCCCAGUCGUGUGAAAUCCAUAGAUUAGGGUCUAAUGAAUUUAUUUCAAUUGACUGAUUUCCUUAUAUGAACUGUAACAGUAAAAUCUUUGAAAUUGUUGCAUGUUGUUUAUAUUUUUGUUCAGUAUAGUUAUUAAAGUAUCACGUGAACCUCUCCUCUCCUCUGCAGGUGAACCUCGCACUGAUGCAGAAGCAGCUGUCGGAGGCAGCAAAUAAUGGGAUCCCUCGGCCGUCCGGCUCCAACCAAAACAGACUAAAUGGAUUUUCUGGAGGAGUGGGGGCGCUGGGCGUCAUGAACAACAGGCUGGCUGAGACCAGUGUCGACAGAUGA